ACCAUGAUCCAGAUAAGCUGCAUCAUAUAUAUGUUCCUGCUCGUCUCCAUCACUGGAGCUUUUGAGAGCAACAUCGUGGCUGGAAGGGUUGCAAAGCCCCAUUCCAGACCCUACAUGGCAUCACUCCAAUUUAAUGGAGCACAUUCAUGCGGUGGGAUACUUAUUAGAGAGGACUUUGUUCUGACUGCUGCACACUGCAAAUAUCCUCAAAAAAUGAUGGUGGUGCUUGGAGGCCACAACAUUAGUGCAACAGAAAAAACUCAGCAACGGAUUGAAGUGGCCAGAUACCACCAGCAUCCAAAGUUCACACCGGGAGAAUUUGAAUAUGACAUCAUGUUACUUCAGUUGAAAGAAAAGGCCAAGCUCAAUAAGUAUGUGAAGACUAUUGGAAUACCCAACAAAAAUGGAAAAACUCCUGCAAACAUCAACUGUGCUGUAGCUGGAUGGGGAAGAACUGGAGACAAAAUGCCUCUUUCAGAUGUUCUGAGGGAAACUACAGAGAAAAUACAAUUCAGCUUUGAGUGUAAAAACAUCUGGGGCAUAUACUUCAACAGUGAUCAUAUGAUGUGCACCAAGUUCAACAGAAAGAUGGGAGGAGUGUGUCAGGGUGAUUCUGGUGGACCACUUAUCUGCAACAAGAAGGUUGAAGGUAUCACAGCUUACACCAAGGAAGAUGAGUGUUCUAAUCCACGUUAUCCUCACAUCUUCACUAAAAACAGUUGCAUGUUCAGCCUGGGCUGCUCUCUGCUGCUCUCUGCUGCUCAGCUCAGAGCUGCUGGUACAGUGAUGAGGAGCAUCUUCCUCCUCAUCAACACACCAGUCAGGACAGAUCCUCAUCAGUUUGGUGGACAGAUGUACACUGGAAGACAAUCAGAGUUUCACAACUUCAUCUAUUUUUAG